GCCCGCGCGGGACAGGCGGGAGGGAGCGGCCAUGGCGGGGCCCUGCGGCACCGGAGCGCCCGCCGCCCGCUGGAAAAGCCACAUCGUGCGGCAGCUGCGGCAGCGGGACCGCACGCAGAAGGCACUCUUCCUGGAGCUGGUGCCGGCCUAUAACCGUCUCCUAGAGAAGGCUGAACUGCUGGCCCGGUUCUCAGACAAGCUGCAGCCAGAGCCAAACGAUGUCACUCCUGUUCCCUCCCAGGGCCCUUGGGAGGAGGAGUCGCGGUCUAACUCAGACCAAGUCCCAUCACCAGACAUUCUGAGGGUGAAAUGGCAAGAGGAGAAGGAGGGACUUCGGCUGGUCUGUGGUGAGAUGGCCUACCAGGUGGUGGAAAAGACCGCAGCCCUGGGCGCCCUGGAGACCGAGCUGGAGGAGCGGCAGAGCAGGCUGGCGGCCCUGGAGGCUCAGGUGGUGCAGCUGCAGGAGGAGCGGGCCCAGCAAGUGAGGCAGGUGGACGUGCGGCGGGCGCGGAACGUGGCGCAGCGGGCGGCCUACGAGGCGCUGCGCCUGCAAGCCCGGCUCCAGGAGGCGGCACUGCGCAGGCUCGAGGAGGAGGCGCGCGACCUGCUGGAGCGGUUGGUGCAGCGCAAGGCGCGCGCGGCCGCCGAGCGCAACCUGCGCAACGAGCGCCGCGAGAGGGCCAAGCAGGCGCUGGUGUCCCAGGAGCUGAAGAAGGCUGCCAAGCGGACAGUGAGCAUUAGCGAGAACCCAGACACCUUAGGCAAUGGGAUCAGGGAGAAGGCUGAGAUGACUCUCACGCUGCCUGCUGAACCCGAGUUUCUAGAGAGGGAAGCUGGUGAGAAGAGGGAGAAGCCCUUCAGGUCUGCCUCCGCCACCUCCCUGACGCUGUCCCGCUGUGUGGAUGUGGUAAAGGGGCUCCUGCAUUUCAAGAAGAGGAGAGGACACUCAAUUGGGGGAGCGUUUGAGCAGCAAUAUCACAGCAUCCCUGUGUGCGUGGCUGCCCGACUUCCUACCUGGGCUCAGGAUGUGCUGGAUGCCCACCUUUCUGAGGUCAAUGCAGUUCGUUUCGGUCCCAAUGGCAGCCUCCUGGCCACUGGAGGGGCCGACCACCUCAUUCACCUCUGGAAUGUUGUGGGAGGUCGCCUGGAGGCCAACCAAACUCUUGAAGGAGCUGGUAGCAGCAUCACCAGUGUGGACUUUGACCCCUCGGGCUCCCAGGUAUUGGCAGCUACUUACAGUCAGGCUGCUCAGCUCUGGAAGGUGGGAGAGGCACAGUCCAAGGAGACACUAACUGGACACACAGACAAGGUGACGGCUGCUAAAUUCAAGCUAACGAGGCACCAGGCGGUGACUGGGAGCCGAGACCGGACGGUGAAGGAGUGGGACCUCGGCCGUGCCUACUGCUCGAGGACCAUCGAUGUCUUUUCCUACUGCAACGACGUGGUGUGUGGGGACCAUAUCAUCAUUAGUGGCCACAAUGACCAGAAGAUCCGGUUCUGGGACAGCAGGGGGCCCCGCUGCACACAGGUCAUCCCUGUGCAGGGCCGGGUCACCUCCCUGAGCCUCAGCCACGAUCAGCUGCAUCUGCUCAGCUGUUCCCGUGACAACACACUCAAGGUCAUCGACCUGCGAUUCAGCAAUAUCCGCCAGGUGUUCAGAGCUGAUGGCUUCAAGUGCGGUUCUGACUGGACCAAAGCCGUGUUCAGCCCAGACAGAAGCUUUGCGCUGGCCGGUUCCUGGGACGGAGCCCUGUAUAUCUGGGACGUAGACACUGGGAAACUGGAGAGUAGCCUGCGCGGACCCCACUGCGCUGCUGUCAACGCCGUGGCCUGGUGCUGCUCUGGGAACCACGUGGUGAGCGUGGACCAGGCCAGGAAGGUUGUGCUCUGGCACUAGUGCCAUGGCUUCCCCUGCCGGGGCUGGAGCUCUCAUCUCAAGCCUGAAGCCAGAGAACAGCUUCCCCUUCUCCACUGAGCUCCAGGGCCAGUGGGCCAGUGAGGUGUGGGCGGGGUGCGGGCAGGGCGGGGUGGUCUCAGGGCAUUUCGUAGGG